CCGGACACCUCCCUCAGAUUAUCAUCGCCGAGAGGCCUCAGGUGAACGCCGGUCAAGAAUCUAGUCAAAACCGGACAAGUAAUUAGUGAGAUCCCCAGACUUCCCUUUUCUUCUCUUUUUCUUUCCCCAAACUCCAUCAUUCCGAAGCAAUUUGAAUAUCAAAAUUCAACAUUAUCGCCAACCCCGCAAUCGCUUCCCCUCAUUCAUAGCAACCAAUUUCCAAGAUGUGUUACGGCGCAACCUGCUCAACCUGCUCAGGAAAGUCUUGGCGGGGCUGCGGCUCGCACAUUCCCGGCGCCCUUUCCGGAGUUCCGGAGAAACAGUGGUGUACUUGCGAACCGCGAGUUACGGUCGAUGGAAAGGACUACCCUCCAUCGGCGAAGAUGAGCAUUCCCGGCGUAUCUUGGUUGUCUAACGUGUUCGGAAGCGGAGGUGGUGAAACGGGAAAGAACGGGGCGGGUACAAAGGGCAAGGGCGAGCUUUAAAUGCUACCCGGUUGAGCGGACCCGGGCCAAUCCUUUAAAGGGUUUCGGCUAUCAACGUCAAUUGUCGUUAUCAGAUAUUAUCAAUGACAUCGGAAGCUUUUUCUAGUUUCGUUCCCACUGCGACCUCGCUCCUCACUAAGACCCCUCUCUUAAUCGUAGUGCCGCCCCACUCAUGACAAGUUACAUAAACUUAUCACUUGAUAAAGGUCAUCAUCUUUCAUUGACUGGAUCGAUUUAAGAGGGGAUGGAUAGACAUAUUAUACUGAUGGUUGACCUAUCUCUU